CAAAGAAUGUCACGUGUGGUAGAAGAAGAAGAAUAUAUUGUAGAGGGUUUAUGGAGCGUGCGUACAGGACAAUGUAGAGAAGGAAGGAGAGGAGUAAAAGGAAAAAAAGUCCAUAUCCCGAUGUUGAAUAUUUGUGUAAGAAGGGUAUAUAAAAAUCAUCAUCGAAUGAGAAGGAUCAGACGCAUUCGACAAGCGGUGGUGAUGCAAACUCGUUGCGCGGGUGUCGAAGGAAGAAAAAAGUUGUUGGCUGAUGUCUUUUUGCCACAAAAAUGGUGAAAAUAGUGUUGAAAGGAGUGAAAAUUAGGAUAUUCAGUAUAUCAGAACAUGACGGGACAUGAAGAUGACUACCUAGUUAGAGUACGUGCGCAGGUGAUGACCAGGGAUGAGAGUACAGAGGGUUGGGUACCGCUGCCGAGUGGUGGGCUCGCAUAUGUGUCCAUCAGGAAGCGCGCCCGCCUCCCGCCAGAAGUUGGUGGCCAUGAAUACAUCAUUUACGGUCAGCGAAUUUCCGACCAAACUGUCAUCCUGAGCUGUGUCAUCAACAGGGACCUGCAAUACUUCAAAGUCAUGCCAACAUUUCAUCACUGGCGAGCUGGGAAGCAACGCAAUGGUCUCACAUUUCAAACAGCCGCCGAUGCGAGAGCUUUCGACAAGGGCAUCAUUAGGGCGUAUGAUGACCUAAUUGACGGAUUGGAUACAACUGAUACGAACAAAUCAUCACCGUGGAAACCAUUUUUAAAUAAAUACGAUUCAACAGUGGGUGAAGAUGAUGUCUUCAUGACGCUGGAUCUACCCUUGGAGCCAUCGGAAUCUCGUUCCAAUUCCAAUUCCGAAGGAAGCCAAAAGAGCGAAAAGCAAAAUGUUCACUACAUAUCGACUGAGAAGCCUCCACCACCGCCACCGCCACUUGAGCAGCUCUCACCAAAUCCCAGUUCCAAUAAUCAGGAGGCACCGGGUGGGAUAAUGCCCGGCGAUAACUAUUCCUACGUCCAAUUGACGGCAGUCCAUGAAUACAAUUACCCCGUUGUGGAUGAACCCAAUGUUGGUGCUGUGAUUAGCACGAGGCGCGACUCAACGUGUAGCCUCAAAAAAAGGACUGCUCUAGAGGUACCUCAGUCUGCCCUCAAGGAUGUCCUGCCAGUUAAAACAAGACUGCGCUGUCGGUAUUGCCAGGAGUUCUAUACGGAAGAAUGGAAUCGCAAAGGAGCGUGCGAAUAUGCACCAGAUUGCUUUCGCGUGGGUUUGGAUAAUAUGUCGGGGAUGGUGUGUGCCCGUGGGAUGCUGUAUCACUGCAUGAGUGAUCCAGAGGGGGACAUGCCAGCCCAUCCGUGUGAAUGUGUCAAUGAUUCCGGAUGCACCAAACGCUGGCUCGGCCUGGCUCUGCUGUCACUCCUUGUACCCUGCCUGUGGUGCUAUCCACCCUUGCGCGCCUGCCACUGGCUUGGGAUGUCCUGUGGCGUCUGCGGUGGGAAGCACAGACCACAGGACUGACGGUGGGACACACUCCAGGCCAAACAACUUCCGGACAGUGACAGACAGCAGUGCUACAAUCAGUAUCAGACAAUUUCCCUGGGCACCCGCGCACCCAGGCAUGUGAGAUUUGCCGAUGAGACACAGAAUUGGAUUUAAAACAAAGAUUUCAUGGAGGGAGUUUUCUUGGUGUUGAUCAACUCCACCUUUUACUCCUUCCACGGAAAAAAAAAACUGCAAAAGAACUGCAGGCAGAGAAAGGUAAGAGAUUCAAAUUAAAACUACCACAACAUUCCUUACUUUCCUAUUCUUUCCAAAGAAUAUUUAAAAGAAAAAUGCAGACAACUUGGAAUAAUAAAAAAACCAUUGCAGAGACAUAAAAACAAAUUAAAAAAUAAAUAAAAAUUAAAUGAAAUGGAAGGAAAGGAAAAUAUAUUUAAACUAAAUAUAUAUAAAUGUCUUCUUAUGUCUCAAUGAUAAAAUAACAGAAAGAAAAAAAAUGUUUUUUUCUCUGAGAAAGAAAAAUAAAACUUUCAAAGAAAAAAAAUCAAUUAUAAAGAGAAAAAAAUCCUCAAUGUUGGGUAUUUUGUAAAAAAAAAAAGAGAAAAUUCCACGGAAAUUACCUUUCAAGUGACAUUUUGCAAAUAGUUUUAGGAAAAAAAUUUCUUUGAAAAGAAAAAUCUCGCUUGGAAAGGAAUGUGGCCACACUUAUUUCCCAGAAUUUUCUCUAGGGGCUCAUUUAAAAAAUAAAUUACAUUUUAACCCAAAAUUGAUGAUUUUUUUUUUUCAAAUCUACUAAAUGGUGUGUUUAAAGACAUUUUUUUUUAAUUUUGAAGGAAAAUAGCUAAAAUGGGGGAAAAUAAAGGGACGAAAGAGUUCUUUUUUUUCAUUGUUAUCAAUGAAACAAUGUUAUCAAUAUCAGAGACGACGAUUCAAAGUGAAAAUAUUUAAAAAAUAAUAUUCGUCUAAAGUAUUGAAUGUUUUUGAAUAUUUUUAAAUAUUUUUCCAGAUAUUUUGAAUAUUUUUGAAAUAUUUAGAAUCUUCUAACAUUUAGAAUAUUUGUCAGAUAUUUUCAAGUAUUCCGAAUAUAAUUAUUUAAAGGUUUUCAUACUUUUCUUUUUAAUAUCCAAAAGUAAUUUUACGUUCUUUUAAUUCUUUUUUAGAAAGUAUUUUUAAAGUUUAAUUUUUAUUUAUGAAAACAGAGAUUUCAUACUGAAAGGAUUUUUUUUAAAUUUGUUUCUCUUGACUAUUUUCUAAAAAAAAAAGCCAAGAAAAAUUAUUCAUGAAAAAAAAAUAUAAAAACCUGAACUUAAUUUUGGAAAAUUAAUUUUUUUUUAAAAAUUCUUUUAUUUGUCUUCAGUUGAUCUAGUUCUAUUUAGUUAGUUAGUUUGAUUUUUUUAAAAUAUUGAAAAUUGAUUAAAAUUCGUAAUUAUUGUUUAAAUAAAAAUGUUUAGAAAUAUUCUAAAAUAUUCAAAAACCUUUAAAAAAUAUUUUUAAAGUAUUCAAAAAAGUUAUAAAAUGACAAAAAAGCGAAGAAUCUCGAAAAUAAAACAUUUUUGCCCUUUAUAUUUCCUCUUUAACCAAGAGAACAUGUACCCUAAAAAUGAGAAAAAAUUCUCAAAUGAAAAGAAAAACAUCUCGAAUAUUUUGAACUUUAUACCUACAAAAAAUUUGACACCAUCUUGCUUAUUUUAUAAGCAAAAUUUAUGGAAGAAAAAUUAAAAGAAUAAAUGUAAGAUUUUUUUGUUAUUCAAAAUUGAAAAAAUUACGUUGAAAAAAAACAAAGAAGAUGAAAAGCGACAAAAAAACACAUUUGAUCAUCUCUAAAAAUAUUUUUAAAUGAAUAUUUUAGGGCUCAGGGAUGAUGGAAAUCUGUUUUUUUUUAAAUAAACAAAGAAUAAAUGAAAUAAAAGAAAAUUGUAAGAUUAUCAUUAAAUUAUUUUAUCAUACAUUUAUAUACAAAAGAAAAUUAAAUAAAUAAUAUAUUGUAAUGAAAAGAAAAAGAAAUAUAUGGAAGAAUGCAUGAAAAAUAAUCACUAAGAUAAGGUAAAAAAAAUAUAAAUGAAGAAAAAAAUAUCUGAGAAAAGGAAAUAUUUAUGAUAAAUUAUUUAAGAAUAAUUAUAUUGAAAAGAAGAGAAAUUAUAGGUCAUAUGAAUAUUACAAAAAAAUAUGUAAAUUAUUGAGAAAAUAAGUAUGUAUUAUCUACAUAAUAUUAAUCAAAAAAAAAACAAAGUGAGAAAAGAAAAAAAUGUAAAGAUGAAAGAAGUGAAAAGAGAAAUUUAUAUACAAAAUGUAAAGAUCAAUGCCAAUUUUUUUCUUUAAUUAAAAUUUUAGCCAGUUUGUAGCAAUAUUUUUUUUAAUUCUUAAAAAAAUAAAUUUUCAUUAAUUUAUUUUAAGGGAAAAAUUUCACAAAGCGCCACAAAAAAUUAAAAGAAAAAAAAGAAAUCUCUUUUUGAUCCAAUUAGGUGGAUAAAAUUCGCCAAAAAAGGAAUCUUUAGAUUAAUUGAAUGAAAAAGAAAAGAGAGAAUAUUUCAAUUGCAAAGGAAUGCUAUUUUUUCUAUUUUAAUUAGCUUUAAACUACGAAGCCAAGUGAGGGAAAUUUCGUGAUGGAUAAAUUGGGGAAGAUAUUUUAGAGGGGAAAAAUUGAAAUGAUUAACUUUGAAAAGAGCGCACAGUUUGACUAGUUAAAUUUCAUUAAUAAAUUAUGCAUUUUUAUCCUUUUUGUUAUUCUGCAAAAAAAAUAUCAAAUACACGUUUUAUUGCAAAAUCUCAUUUUUCUAAUUUAAAAAAAAAACUUAUCGAAUUUUUUAUACUAAAAAAGGAAGUGGUUUGAAACGAUAAAAGGACGUUGGAGAGAAAGAAAAAAAUUACAAUUCAGUGGAAAAGAUGAAGGAAAUUAUUGGAAAAUCGUGACUUUUACUUUCAUCAUUCAUUCAUUGUAAUGUAUUACGUAUUAUAUAUUAAAAAAAACCAGAUGGAUAAAAUAUUUAUUAGAUUGUAAUAAAUGUGUAAAAUAAAUGAAAAACUAUUUGGGAAGAUUA